AUGGACGAAUCUAUUGUUUCUAUCGCCGUAGAAACUCUUUGGGCUUUGUUAAAAGAAGAAGCAAAGCUGUUAUCUGGAGUAAGUGAUCGAAUCAAUGAAGUUUGCAUAGAGUUUAGGAGGAUGCAAUGUUUUCUUCAAGAUGCUGAGGCAAGGCAACACAAAGAACAAGCUGUGCGAAAUUCGAUACGAGAAAUCAGAAGUCUUGCUUAUAGAGCUGAGGAUGUCAUUGAGACAUAUGCUGUUGAUGUUUUAUCCAGAAGAGGAAGGGGAUUCAAAAAAGCUUGUAAAAGAUUUGCUUGCAUAUUGACAGAAGCAAGAGCAUUGCGGAAAAUUGGUGCUGAGAUUGGAAAUAUCAAAGCUGAAAUAGCUGGUGUGGCAUCAAGUAUGCAAACUUAUGGUAUAAAAGCAGUCAGUCAGGGAGAAAGCUCUAGUAAUGCUGCAACUCAUGAAAAAGAGCGAUGGCUACAAUGA